GUGCAAUCAAAAUAUGAUUUUUAAAGUCAUUAAUUUUCUUCUCAAUACCCCACAGUGAUACAGUUUCAUGCAUGUUUUGUUAAGAACAUAUCAAACAAUUAAACAGUACAAAAUAUCUCAAUUUAUAACUUUGAAUAACUUUGUAAUUUAUAAUUCAGUUCUCCCUGUAUUCUACCGUUUGUUUGCAUAGCACUGUACAAUUGUUUUCAUUUGUGAAUUGACAUUUCUCAUUGAUAUUCAAAACAAACACAAAACAAAAGCAUACGUACAGUUUUUGUUCGCGAACAUGGAAUAUCGAACGGCCCGGAACGCUGAUUCUGAUGUGGAUAUUCAACUUCGUGAGAAAAUAAUCCACGAGGCAAACGUGCAGUUUGAGAAAAAGUUCCAGUUUCAGACAUUGCCACCAAAAACUACACUUCCACCGCUAGAAACCCUCUACCAAAGUCCACCGUAUGUUGUGGCUGCUGUACAAGAUCAGAAACGUCGUUUGAAUGAGGUAAAAAAUCGGUUGAACGAUUUUGAAAUCAGCGACUGGCAUCAGCACACUCGGAAACGAUCAUCGCUGUUGCCGAUUUUGAAUGAACUGCGGUACCGAAUUAGGGCCGAGUUUGUAACGCAAGCCUUUGCCAAACUGUACGAAUGUGUAUCGGCAUACAAUCUGAUCGAUACGGAACUGCGGGAAGUGUACAGUGUGCAUCUGUGCGAAGCACCGGGAGCAUUCGUUACUGGAUUGAAUCACUACAUACGUCUUAACUGUGCACCCCGGACGCAAUGGAACUGGUUUGCCUGUACGCUUAAUCCAUACUACGAAGGAAACUGCCCGGGUAACAUGAUCCCGGACGAUCGAUUUAUACUGCACACCCUUGACUCGUGGUGUUUCGGAGCGGACGGGACAGGCGAUAUUAUGGUUCGGGAAAAUCGUAACGCUGUUAUAAGACGACGGCAGCGCUUUCCAUCGGUAAAUCUCGUCACAGCGGAUGGAUCGAUCGAUUGUUUGAAUGUACCGGAAGAGCAGGAGGAACGUGUCGCUAAGCUCCAUCUAGCCGAAACUGUGCUUGCACUUAACUUACUAAGUCCCGGUCAGCAUUUUGUGCUCAAAAUGUUUACCCUAUUCGAGCAUUCGAGUGUUAGUUUGCUGUUCCUGCUAAAUCAUUGCUUUGAUGAGCUGCAUGUGUUUAAACCCUGUACCUCCAAACCGGGCAAUUCCGAAGUUUACAUCGUCGCCAAGUACUAUCGGGAACCGGAUGGAAUUGAUCAAUAUUUGGAGAAAAUUUACACCAAUCUGCAAAGCAAUUCGAAUGCAAUAUUUGAUCCUAAAACGGUAUCGGAAACAUUUUUGGAACAGCUGCGUAUCUGCACAACACACUUUGUCCAAUGGCAGACAGAGGUAAUUGAAAGCAAUAUUCGAUUCUAUCGCAUUAGCGAUCCUCUCGAAGAUCAAAGACUGAGCAUAUUUAAGCAAACCAUCAUGGAAAUGUUUUUCGACCGGUAUCACAUCACAUCAAUACGCAACAACGAGCGAAUCGUACACGGCGUUAAAGUGUCCGAUGGGCCCAACAUUAAUCAGAAAGAGUCACGCGGUACAUUUAACGAGCGAGUCCAGCAAGCAGCUACCGUCGAUGCGAACCUCACGGAAAGAUUACGCUCACUUCGCGAUCGAUUAGACUAUCUCACACUAACACGUCAACUUUUUCAGCCCGAAGCAUUGCUGAACGAUACCCCACUAAGGGGUGGUCCAGAAAAUGGCUUUGCCGUACAUCACGAAUUGGCCUUUGCCAUUGGAAAGUCAAUCGAACGAGUAAAGAGUUCCAAAUUUGCACUCAUUACCUGUAUUCGACUAUUAAACGAUACAGUUGAUUUGUGUCGAACGGCGAUAAACGAUGGGAAAAUGUCCUGCUCUACGACCGAUCCCAUCACCGUUACCGGAAAUACCAUUUCGAUCGCUAUCAAUGCGUACCCUCACGUCACGAAUAUCGCCCAGCACGAAAAAGAACUCUUUCGCACGAUCGUGCGAACGCUGUUUCAACUCAUACAGCGAAAUUGCAUCACUUCACCAUUGGAACAUCAUUCGCACACCGUUGGAGAUGGUCCAUUAGAAUUAAUCCUGGAAAAUUGGCUUCCACUAACACAGGUUAGUGUGGGCCUGCUGUAUCUGUUGAAGCUAUACGUAUUUGAAGAGGUGGAAGAACUAUCCUCAACACGUCUCAUAUUUCGGAGAUUACGGAAAAGUGGUGUUACGAGUCUGGUUGCCAUUCACGAUGCUGUUCUGAAGGCAUACACUAAAGCUUCCAAUGCGCCGGGUGCUAGUAAAUCGGUUCUAGCGAUUGUUCCCAUUACAUCACUGUUGGAUGGUGGCUUUCCCUAUGCUAUGUUGAACUACAACACUUCCUUGUGCUUAAUUUAUUGCGCUCGAUUAUUGGAAGUGCUUAAACUAAGCAUUGUCUGAUAGGAUUUAGCAAUUGUUUAAAAUUAUUUAUUUUUUUACUUCGUAUCAAAGUUUCGAUAAAGCUAGGUCGUUAGAUAAAGGAUGUGUUUUUAAAAAUUGACCUUUAUAAUACCCAUAUCAAAUGUGGUCAAACUUAUAAUUCAAAAAAACCAAACGUUUGGUUUGCGUUCAACGAUCAUUAAAUUAUUAUUCAACAAGCUUGUAUAGUUUUAUAUAUGCUUUUGUUCAGCAUUUUUUAAAGAUAAUCCAUAGGUAAAUAGUACUACACCUAACUUCAAUAGCACGAGCUUCUCCUUAAGUUUAAAACGUAACUUUCACCCAACUGAAACUACAUGCGCUUAAAGAAAUCAUAAAAUUGCAUGUAAUUUCAUGUUAGUUUAAGUUGUGAUAUGUAUUCUAUUCUCUAUUCUAUCAGGAAAGUUAUAUGCAUAGUUUUAAAAAUGUAUUACCGUAAAUAAAAUCUAAUUCAUACUAAUUCUUAACAACAAACUCGAGAAAAUAGUUGAUCCCAAAGUCUCUUAUUAAUUUUACAAACACUUGCAAACAAGAAACAACAUACCAAUCAUUGGUUCUUUUGACCGAGACU